AUGGUAGCAAAUACCGGUCAACCGUUUGAAACGACUUUAAUACCUUCCAUUCAGCUGUUUUGGCCCUUUUUCUUUUUCUCAAUGGAGGAUCUACCGCCGCCUCUUCUCGUGGAAAUUCUGACUCGACUCAACGAUUCCACCGACCUUGCUCGGUGUCGACUCGCCUCCAAAACACUGAACUCCCUCUCUAACGAGGUCCAUUAUGUUAACCUCCUCUGCACCUUUUCUCGCUACCUUAAAUCCCGUUCGCCGGAGACCAAAGCCCACGUCACUUCUUUCAAGGCAAUCUUUAAUAACCUUGUACGCGAAGCUCGGUGUCUUAACUCAAUUUCGAUCGGAGUCGAUAAGUCGCUCAGGGAUAUCCCGUACGAUGACGUUGAUGAUGAGUCGGAUGAUUUGUAUUUGACCGAUGUGGGUUUCGUGAAGGAGUGGUUGCCUAAGGUUUGCGGGGAGCUAAGGAAGCUGUCGAUUUCGGAUUUUUGGAUACAGUCUUGCUGGAGGAAAUCUGAGGUUUUGAGCUUCAUUUCUUCGUGUUGCAAUGGUCUUAUCGAACUAGAGCUGAAGAACGCUUGGCUUUCGGUUGAUGGGUUGAAUCCAAUGACUAUGGUAACGAGUUUGACUCUUGAAUUUAUUAGACUUGAAGAUGAGGACCUAAACAAAGUUAAUGAUUGCUUUCCUUCUCUUCGAGUUCUCAAUUUGGUUCGCGUUGGUGGACUUAAAGAUCCCAAGAUUCAUCUCUUGCAUCUUAAAUCCUGCUUGUGGAUAGCGUCAAAUGCUCCGCAUUCUUUGACUAUCUUUGCCCCCAACCUCGUGAAACUCAGACUGAAAUGUAUUAAGCCAAAAUCUCUGGUUCUUGAUACCCCAUUGUUGUCAGAUUUCCAUCUUUCAGUUGAGGAGGCAUAUGAUUUUAGAGUGAAAGAGUUUUAUAAUUUGGAAAACCUUCAGCUUGAAUCUUCAAGUCUUCCUAGCCUCCUUGGCAUGUUUCCGUCUGGUAAAUCAAUUAAGAAGCUGACAGUGGAUUCUCUCAAAUGGACUGAAGCUCUUGAAAGAAGAAAAUUUGGCUUGGAAGCAUUGUUUGAUGUGUUUCCAAAUGUAGUAUCUCUUAAUUUAGGCCCUGGGGCUUGGUCGGAAGCAGAGAUAUGCUUCCAGAAAGGAGGUUUGGAUGAUAGGAAUGCAAUGAAGGAGUUGACAGAGAUUGUGGCCCAUUUAGUUGUGCACGAUAUUGAAGUUACCCUCUCAUUUAUUUACUCUAUUUUGGAUAAAUGCACCAACUUAUCAGACAUGGCGUUACUUCUCCAACGUAAAGAAGAUUCUAGAGCUGCUAUUAGCCUCAUCUCUAAUUGUACAACUUAUUGUCCAAGAGUAAAAUGGAGAUGGGGAAUGAGGAAGAAAGGAUCAGAAGAUGUGUGGGUCUCUGUUGGUAUUUAAUUUGGUAAUCCUCCUUCCUAGGAAGGAAAUAGGAAUGCUUAAUCUUUUAUGUUGUCUUUGUGUUGUUUCUCUGGUUUAAAUUACUCUUCCCAAAUGAAAGGGAUGAAGUUUUUUGGGCAACCUCAAAUGAUUAGAAUAAGUAUUUUGUCUGCAAAUAUGCAUAUGGGUGACUGGUAUGAAGACAUCAGUAACUACAUGACCUGUACAAAAGAAUAUGGUUGCUUGGAAAGUGAAAGCAUAUUGGAUAAUGGUAUUGCAGACAUCCAUGCCCUUCUUACAACCUAAACUUCAUAGGUGGGUUCUUACCAUCUUCUGCAUCUCCUCCUGAAUCCUACUGCAAACUCCACUGGUUUCGACUUUCAAUUGACUCAACAAGAGAGUUCACCACCAAGUGCCCCAGCAUCCUGCCUUCCAGCAGAAGGAAAGGGGAAAAGGAGGAAAGAAAACCAAGCAUCACCAAGCUGAUGCUUAGUUGUUGUUUUGUAAAUAUUGGAUAUCUGUGAAGGUUGUAGUUUUUCUACAAAGCACAAUUCUAUUGAUUGAAAAUGUAAAAUAUCAUUUGUUUGCAGAAUAUGAUGCUGAUGUACAUUGGCUAAACUUGUGGUUUCUUCAUUCAAGUGAGGUUGAUUGCCAGCCGCUGCAUCAUGUUUGUGUUGCAUUGAUACACGUACAUUCUGUAAGGAACUAGAUGGGAUAUAGAAUUCAAAGUUUAAUGACUUUAUUGCCUUCGGUCAAGACUAUACUUUUCCCCUUUUCAAGUUCCUUAUCUUUUGGAAGAGAACAUCAUUGAUGCACAAGCCAUUUGUGCACUUUUAGUUGAUUUGGCUUUCUUCUGUUUUAAUUUGGAAGUAAACACAUUUUUACCUAAAUUUUGUGUUCCCCUUUGGUCCAACCUCCAAAAAAUGUUUUAAAAAAAAAAUCACUUUGGGGGCGCUCCGAGAAUCGAACUUGGGACCUUUUAUCUUCCUCCUAACAUGUCCUAAUUGAUUACGGUUUUUGACCUGAAUGUGAGGGCAUUACUUACAGUAUCCCUAUAGUCAAGCGACCCGAAAACCCUCUUCGCCGCUGUCCUCUCUUGCUCUGUUGU